CAACACUCCCUGGCGCUGGCCUGCCUAGUUGGCUGGCUCAGUGCUGGGCUCAGUUGGCCGAGCACGCGCCUGGCGAGCGGAGGUUGUCCCCGCCGCACUCGAGGCUGCCACUCACCCAGGCCUCGCCAUCCUCGCCUCUCGACACGCCUUCACGAGUGCGGCGCCCCAGAGUGACACCCGACCAUGGACAAUCCCUGACAGGACCACAGUGACCCGGUAGUUUACGCCGCUGAAUACACAGAACAAUGGCGAACUUUGAGGACCUAACUUAGCGAGAGCGAAGGAGGAUUUAGAACUCUCGUGCCUAGGUUUCUGUUCACGGAAGCAGGAGGAAGACAAGGAAGACUUCGGGAGGAGCAACCGCGUAAAUUCUGACGGGGAGAAUGUGAGAACCCGAGGCUGAGGUUCUCCCAGGAAGAGCCCGGAGGAGUGAGCGCCUUUGCACGUGCUUGGAGUGUUGUGUGUGGGGCGUGAGGCAGACAGACAACACAGCUGACUGGCGGGCACUGUGUGAGACCCGCCCACUCCCGCCACGCCGCCCUCCCCUGAUAAGCCGUACAGUCACGUUAGGAGUCAUUCACACAUCCGAAACAUCCCGGAACACUAAACCAAUACCGAGAAGAGGAAGAAGGGUUUUUGACAUAUGCUCACACACAUUCGCGCUUCCCGGGACACACAAAACAAACUAAGUGGUGGUGACGAAGUGGUGGUGAAGUGCUAGUGGUGAAGAGGUGACGUUGGUAGUGGUGGUGGUGACGCCCUUACCAGCAUGGCCGCCUCGUUUCCCCCGCCCCCCAGAGGACGCCCCAGCCCGCGCCCCCAGCCCUCUGACACCAUGGCGGCCACGUGCACCUUCCCCUCCGUGGUCUGCUGAGUGACACGCGCUUCUACUGCAGCCAUGUUGAGGUGGUGCGUGUUGUGGGCGUGUCUGGCGGGCGUGGCGCGGGCGUUCUGUCCUACAGGAUGUAACUGUGACGACAGCGUGCCUAGUGCCCGUUGCGUGGGCGUGGGUCUCAACGUGCUGCCCAUCCUUUUCAACCCCAACCUGAGGCGCCUCAACAUGGCCCACAACCUCAUCAGUUCCCUGAACGAUGGUCUCGUCUUCCUCGACCGCCUCGAGGAACUUGACUUGUCCAACAACGUGCUGACGUUCCUGGGCACCGGGGACUUCGUGGCGCAGGCACAGCUGGAGGAGCUGCGGCUAGCGCACAACAACCUCACCACUCUCUCGCCAGGCGCCUUCAGGGGCCUCAAGUCCCUCACGCUGCUCGAUCUGAACUAUAACGGCAUGAUUGAGCUGCUUCCCGGCGUGCUGGAGGACGCGCCGCGCCUCACCGUCCUCCUCAUCGCCCACAACAAGCUGCACGUCCUCGUGCGCCACACCUUCCGCGGCCUUCGCAGCCUCCACGUCCUUGACAUGUGUGACAACUACUUUAGGGACGUGCCGUCGGCAGCGCUGGACGACCUUCAGUCCCUCAAGUCACUACACUUGUGUCGCAACCGCCUUACUCGCCUCGAGCCCGACGCCUUCACUACCCCGGCGCUUACGUCACUCUCGCUGGAAACCAACAACAUCGACCACAUAGCGGACGAUGCCCUGCAACGCCUCCGCAACCUGCAAAAACUCAACCUUAACGACAACCUGCUACAUGAGGUGCCCGCCGCGGUGCUGUCCCUGCUGCUGCUGCUGGACACGCUCAUCCUAAGCAAAAACAACUUCACUACCAUAGAGGCGGGAGCGCUCAAGAGCCUCAAGCGCCUCACCACGCUGGAGAUCUCGAGAUGUCCGCGCCUCGCCUCGCUGCAUCCCGACGCCUUCGCCCACUGCGUCAGCCUCCAGCGACUCACUAUCUCACACAACCCGUUGAUACGACUCUUCCCGGAGCGACUGUUCACUUCCCUCCCGCACCUCCACACGCUGGACCUCCGUGCCAACAGCCUCCAGACCGUGUCCGAGGCCAGCAUGCCGUGGGGCUCCCUGGCGCGCCUUGACCUCCGCGACAACCAGCUGAUGUGUAACUGCUCCAUCAGGUGGCUCGCGGCGCUCCUCGGGGCGGCCAACACGUCCCUGGCGGCGCCCGAUGUGCAGUGCGCCGCCCCCGAGAAGCUCAAAGGACUCUAUCUAUCAAGACUGAGCCCGAGUGAGCAGCUGUGCGUGGACCAGGUGCAGGUAGUGGUGGGCAUCGUGGUGGUCACCGUCUCCACCGUGUUGCUCAUGGCGCUCUCCGUCCUCCUCUGCAAGUACCGAAGGAGGAACCAGAGGGAUAAGCUCGGGAGAAUGUGGCAUCCGGGUCCCUUGGCGCCGUGGCCCCCGGACGACCACACGGCCCCGACGCGUCACAUCAUGGCCGACGAGUACGUCUACCACACAUACUCCUCCGUCAGGAAGAUCCCCGUCACCAAGGUCUGAGGGAAGCCGUCUGCGGGGUAAAUAAAGACCGACCCUUCCUGCUUCCUGCUUGGUUGAGGUGUUUUGGCGACAUUGAGGCCCGGACGCACGCAGAGGAAGGCCACGCCAGCCAAACCUACCAAGAGGUGAAGAAGAGUUCGUGGAGGUGACGCAGGAGGAGGGAGAGGAGACACGGGAAGAGCAGGAGGAGCCGAGGCUAAGCUAUAAUAAGUGUCGAUGCCUCAAGGGUGAAAGAGCAGGUGUUACAGUGUGAGAAGACUCGGAAAGAGAAACAAGUGGUGAAAAUAAGUUAAAAGAAAACGAUGACCCGUGAAGUUGUUGGUGUCUUCACUGCAAAAGAUCGACGCUCGUUCUUGUUUGGAAGGUCUUUUGUGCACAGAUUAAAAGUACAUACACUCGAGUAAUCCUGUUCCGAGUCAUAGAAAUCCAAGCGGCCGCAGGAGCGAGGCAUGAGGCGAGGAUGUGUUACGUGAUGUGAGAAUUACUAAACAAAACACGUGGAAGUCUAAAGCUAAUUUCUCGAUUGGCGGGAACCGGUGUAUGGACAAAGAAAAAUAAGUCGCCUCGCUUGACCAUUUGAGUGGAAGCGGAAUGAAAGUUCAAGUGGCCAAAGCAAACUAGACAGCCAUAGAAAAUUACCAGCCAUGGAUAACAACGGCAGUGGUGGGUGAGGCUCGUCGUGUGUGAAAAGUCGUCUAUCCUCAAGUAACCGAAGAGCGCAAUUUAAGAAGGAGGCCGAGUAAACGAAACAAAAUAUACAACACGAGGAUUACGCUGUACUGGACAAAAGGUGUAUUAUGAAUUUAUUAAAAAAUAUUGCUUACGCUAAAUGGUACUCAAGCGUUUGUUCAUGUGCUUCAAAACACGGGGAUGGAGUCGUUUCAGUAGCUUCAUUGUGCAAUUUUCAUUCAAUAACGCUCCGUCGACCGAACAAAGGUGAGGUGAGGUGAGGAGAGAGAGCAGCAGAAAUCAAAACAGGCUUGACAUCCUCCCAAUUACGCACGUUCAUUGAAAAGACAUCAUCCAUUGGCAGGGCAUUUGUCAGGCUGUCAGGGAGGAAGUGGAAAGAUAAAAGAUAAAGAUAAAAGAUAAAAGUUGUGAUCGAGGAAGGGAAGCAACGACUGACUGAAGCAAGGAAGCAGGAGUGACGGCGUGCAUGUGU